AUGGACAACUCAGCACUCGGUUUCGCCUGGGGCCGCCUGUCGCACCGCCGGACACGCUCUGGGGAUCCAAGCAACACGCCAGCGCCCAUCGAGUUUACGAGAGACGGCACCAGGUAUACAUUAGAACCAAAAGCAACGCCGUCGCCAAAAACUCCAUCCACACAACACUCUCGCUCUAAAUCCUGGAGCACAUCAAAAGACAAAGGCCAGGCCGCCAAGUCACACAUCUUCUUCCAAUUCGCAGACUAUCCCAACUUUAAAGCUACCCUGAGCCCGCCAAACCCACUGGACCUACACCGUGCUGCCUCGAGCUCCAAGGGAAGCCACAGAAGCAACAACAGCAUCUCCUCACUCUCUACAAAGGAUACUUCGCUGCAUGGCUCAAGCAGCUCCAUAGAGAUACCUCAGCGGCAAUUUCCCACCAUUGCUCCUCAGCGACCGCCACGCCCUCCUCGUGGACUUUUUGAGGAUGAGGAUGAUGAGGAGGACUCUGCGGCCGUGGCAGAUGAGAUGCACCUAGAUCACACAGCAGACGAAAACAUCAUGGGCUUGAUACGCCAGUCGGAUCGCGCCUUUGAGGAUGUUGGAGUGGCACUGGCUGAUGCCACCUACAGUACAUAUGUCGCACAAGCCAAGCCAGACAUGCUUGUUCUGAGUCGCGGCAACUCGGUGCGACGCCGCCGGCAGGGAAUCACUCCUCCUGUCACUGCGCGCAGAAGCUCGAUCAAUAGCAACAGGUCCAUCCGAAGAAACUCGAUCCAUUCAUCACAGAGCACCUCCACCAAGGGUCACGCCGCGCGCCCGCCUACGACAAAGAAGAUGGGCAAGCGAAACGUUUUACUGCCACGCAAGCUACGGAUGACUCUCUCACAAAGCGUCAGCGAUCUGCUGACCAGCCGGGCCUCUAAGCGCAUAUCCGUCACCAGCAGUCUAUCAUCCAUCUACUCGGAUCAGUUGGAGGAACACACUCCCCACCACCGCAACAGCUCCAUCACGGCGGCCAAGAGACAGUCUUGUCAGCAGCAAACACAGCGUCAUUCUACCGAUUCGAAAUUUUCUUUGUACGCGACAGACAGUCAGAAUCUGACUGCCUCGCAAAUGUACCACCGGGACAUGCUUCCCAACUCGGUCAUGGCGUGGAUGGGCACGGACUCUGUCUUUGCAGAACCGGACGACAUGGACGAGGCUGAUGACGAGGAGCUCAGCCAUGAAUUCGAGGACAAAUGCAACCUAGCAACCGAGCCAGAAGGCACCCAGCCCCCGCCCGCAGGCAUGGUCUCGGCAGAGCAUGCAGCUGAGGCGCGCCCGCUCUCAGUCGAGGGCUCUCCGCCACCUCCUCCUCCGCCCAAGAACCCUGCCAGGUUUGGGGCCCGCGCGCGCACGUCCCAGCUCGCCCCCAUACCCGAAAUGCUCGUCGCCUCCGCCGAGGGCGACCGCCGCCGGCGCAAGAGCAGCUUGAUUAAGCUGUCGCCCAAGUCGACACGCUUGGGCGCCAAGGCAAAGGCCGCGACGACGCGCGACUCCCUGUGCCUCGUCGGCACGGCCUACUCCAAGGCAAGCCCUCUGUUCCGCCACGGCCACAUCGAGUUCCAGCACAAGAGCCCCAAGGCCACACCGGCAGAAGACGGCGCGCAAGACGGCGCCGACCAGAACGUGGACUGGCCCAAGUUCCACUCGUCGGUCCUGUGCGAUGCCGACGGCCUCGCCUCUGGCAUGGCCCAGGACGAAGCCAACGCCAUGGCCGACGAGCUGGGCGACUGGUUCGACGAGUUUGGCUUCGAGUCCCACGGCACGCUGGUCAAGUCGGGACGUACCCGCAAGGCCGCCGACAGGACGUCGUGCAGCAUGGAGUCAUCGCGCAGCAGCGCCUCGAGCUCGUCGACGAUUUCGGACGCUGACCUGCCCAUGCCGGCCAGCCCGGACCGAUCGCCGUUUGCCAAGAUGCAGAGCUGGUCCUUUGGCCAGGCCGAGCGCAACGCCGCCUCCGCACCUGGUCGGGACGAGCACUGCUCGGACCCCAUCCCCGUGGUGACAGAGAUCGAGCUCGGACUCGAAACCUACGGCCUGCCUGCCGAAGAUGGGGAGUUUUCCCCAAAAAACGCGUCUCACAGCGCCCCGAGGAUGAGCUGCAACCUAAGCGAGGAUCUGGGUCAGUUCCUGGCCUGGAACCCUACAGUCUUUAACGAUGGACACGAGGAGGACGAAUGA